CUCUCUCUCUAAAAAUCAAUAAAAACAUAUUUUAAAGAAUAAUGACACAAAUUCCAGAGGCCAAAUUACUCUGCCAUCGAUGGCCAUGUAACCCUGGUUGAGUCACUGUUCUUAAACGAUGGCAACCAUUGCAAAGAUAAACAGCAGCAAACAAAACUCACACACUAAGGUGGUUCUCACUUAGGUUUAGAGAGAAAUAUUAGCAAACACUAGGGAGGAUUUAUUCAAUCAACAUGAAAAAAGGUAAGCAUUGGGGGUUGAGAAAUGGCCAAGUACUUUUAUUAAUUUUAAAUGAGGACUUACUGAUAAGGUACUCAGGCUUCAUGAAACUAGACUUCUGUUCCCAUUCUCAGACUUUCACUGGUUUAACUUCCCAAGAAAGGGUAGUGUGUGUUGCAGGUGUGGUUCCCCAGCUGUAUACACUUAGCUUUCACUUAGUUACUAGUUCAGGCUGGUGAAACAAUUCUAUACAUAAAACUAGCUUCACAAUUCUUUAUAGCAUAAUAUAACUAUUCAUUUUUUGCAAGGCAUAUUUGGUCUUCAGAUUCUAACACUUUCUAGGAUUCCCCAAAUCCAUUAUGAGCUGCUCCAAACCAACUUUAAAUCUGAAUGGAGGCAGCACAGGGCAAUUCAAAGUUGAAUGAGCUGGUUCUCAGUAACCAAGCUGGGACCCAAACCCCUGGGUGCGGUCUGUGCUUACAGUGUGCUGCGAUAGGCCUCACUUCUUUAUCUUGAAAAAGAAGGGCUUAUAUCCAUAGGUGAUCAUGAAAUUCUAUUCUAGCACUACGAUAUUUGAUUCUAGUGAGCUUCUCUCAGUAAGAAAACUUUGAGUUUUGUUUCCCUUUAUUCUUGGUAAAGAUGAAUUGCAAAUAAGCCAUCCACAGAUGAUUUUACAGGUAAGUUUGUACCAAUAUUUUCUUGGGUCAAUAUGGAAUGGUUCCCUCUACCACUGUGUUGUAUAAAACUAACUACCCAUGGGGAUUAAACCUUUGAACUUCAAUCAAGCAUGCUAAUAAAGCCAGCUGACGUGUAAGUGGGUCAUAAAAUAAUCACAUGGAAGCACGGUAUAUAUAUGGUCCACCAACUUCCUCUUGCUACAGAAAUAGAGAUAUUAGGGUUUUUUUUGUGAGGGGAAGGUAGUUGCUACAUUUACUACAACUAUUGAAUUUCGACAACUGCUUUAAUUCCUUUUUUUUUUUUUUUACCACUGUCGUCGGUAUCAUGCAAGAAUCUCUUCAUACUGACAAAAACUGAAGGAUACUGAAAGAGUGAUGACCAGAGAACUUUAAGUCUGAAGUUUAGCAUCACCACCCUGAACAACAGAGUCUUGGUUUGCAUAAAUUACUUUACAGGUAAGACGGAUCACUUACUUUUAACUUAGAAGUUAACUCUGUAAAAAUUCUAACAAAUCUAAAAUGUUUAAAUUUUGAAGACGGAUCAUCAAGAAAGGUAGUCAGCAUAUUAAUUAUGUAAUCAUUAGUAACUAAAGUUAGAGUUGUAGAACUUUUUUCAUUUGUCCGAUUAGCAGAGAGACACUGUGUACCUGACUCAAGACAGACACUAUACCGAGGGGAAUGCAGACUUGUAGACACUUUCUGGAGAGCAAUUCUGUAUAUAUAAGAUGUGAUUUUCAUUUGAUUUCUUAAGCUCAACAGUAUUUUCCAAAGUUUAGAAAAUGAUUAUCCAGUAGUUUUAUAAUCAAACUUUAUUUUUAAAGGAGAGGUACACAGUAUAUACAAGUUUGAUGUUUGGGAAGCUAAAGAUGUGAACUAGUUGUCAUUUGUUACACUGAAGUUCUAGAGUCUCAGUGUCGUCCGUCUCAUAAUGCUAGAUUCUGUGAAAGUUGUUUACACCUUCCUUCUGUUCUGAAGCAUAUGCUAGUGUGAAACAGAAAAGCAAGGCAAUGGUAAUGAGUAAUAUGAGAUAUCAGAUGCUGUAUGAGGUGGUCUACUUAAAAAAAGAAAUACUACCUAUUAAUACAGAAACACUAUUAUGUGUACAGAUUUUAGUAUAUAAUGUAUUAUCUACACAAGGCAGGGGGUUAGUGUUUUUCUUUACUAUCAUCAUAAAAGCAAGCUCUAUUCCUUAUGGAAAAUAAAAACUACUUUGAUUAGAUAAAUUUUUCUUAAGAAAUAAACUGGCUUAUUUCGCUUUCGAAUCGACCGAUUUGUUACUGUUUAGGUUUUAUAUAAUUACAACAAGCCACUGUUUUAUACACUAACUGCAACCAGAUUCCAAUUUGCCAGGUGGCAGUGGAUUCAGAUACACUAACUGUGAAGCACAUGGACUAUUCUCUAAAUAAAAAUUGCAAGUAAACAAAAUAAAAGACAAAGACAUUGGUAGACAUUAAUUAAGUGUCUCAGUAUAAUAACCUAAAGACACUGCACAGCCCUCAAGCUUUCAAGUCUUUAGGUGGGUAUUAUUUCAUUUCAAAAUUAUAAAGGGUUUUUUUUCAAAUAUACUAUUUCUGUAAUCCAAGAGGCAAAAAUAUAACCAUGAUUCUAAAGAGGGAUGGAGAACAAAAUAGCCCUGAGGGGCUGGGAGGCGUAUAAGAAUCUCAGAAGGCAGUGUAUGGUAAGGAUUAUGUUUAUCAAAAGAGAGAAUAUGGUUAUAAAAAUAAGAGUGAGAACCCCCAUCCUAGAUUACAAAAGAACGAAGAAUGUGGUGCCUAGAAAGUUAUGGUGAAAAACACAAAGAAACGUCGCUCAUUCUGAAUAGAGCUCAUGAUCCUUAUCUGACCCAAAGAAAUGAGGAUAUGGAAAAAAUAAGAAUGACAAUUUGUAUGUGACUCUUCAACCCUUCAUGUGUACUCUUUGAAGAAAGAUUUAAAAAUAAGACAUAAAAAAGCAAAAAUAACACCUGCAUUUAUGCUAUGAUUAAAACAGCUUCUAAGAAACAUCAUAUUCUUUGAAAACCCAAGAUACUCAAUGACACACAAAGACACAUGAGGGCGCUCUAACCAACAAGCACAGCAACUACAGUUUUGACACAGAAUUUGAAAUUAAACUUUUCAUUUAAGUAUAACAGCUUAGCAUUAAAUAUUUGAGAUAAGAAAUUUCUGAUGACCUUUGGUAAAGACCCUGGGAUUUUGGUGUUUAUCCUUAGUUACUACACUUUCUUUCUGUUCAAUUCAGACCCUUGUCUGAGUAUUUGUUUAUGUGGAAUUAUGAAAAGAGACUCUUCUGAUAGUAUUAGAUUAUGGAGAAGUGCUUUAACCUACCCAUGAAAAGACACCAUUUUGAAAAGUAUUUGUGUACAAUUAAGAUGAUAAUUAAAGAUCAGUCUUCUCUCUAUUAAUGUGCCCACAAAAUGCUUUUGCAAUACUUUCCUUUGGCCAGUAUGUAUUGCUUGAAUGCACCUUAAAAUUUUUAAAAUUACCUUUCUAGGCAAAAAUCAAUUGUUUUUUUACAAAUUGCUUUACAAUCAAUAUAAGGACUAUAAAUUCCUCCAGUAUAAAGUGAUAAAACUCAGGUAUUUAACUAUUUGUACCAAAUUUUGUUUUUUAGACAGAGGCACUUUCCACAACAAUCAACUUUUUUGCUUUUAUUUCAACUGGACAACUGUGAUCAGAAAAGGUGAGAAGGCACCUAUACUUUCUCUUUCCAUCCAAUAUAUUUAUGUUACUAUUUUAUCCAAUGCUUUUUAAAACAUAAAACCACCAUUCACCUUCUAUAAUUUUAAUAUUAAAUAUGGCGGGGGGCAGAGGGAUGGGUGCAGGUGGAAGACGGUAUAAGGGGAAUAAAAGUUUAAAAUAAUAUCUGCAAUUCUGUUCUAGCUCUUGCGACAAAAUUCAAGAAAAUCUGAUAUAAAUGAGUAACAACUCGACAUGUAUUCGACCAUCCAUGAUCUCUUCCAUGGCUUUACCAAUCAUUUAUAUCUUCCUUUGUAUCAUUGGCCUCUUUGGAAAUUUUCUCUCUCAAUGGGUAUUUUUAACAAAAAUAGGUAAGAAAACAUCAACUCACAUCUACCUAGCACAUCUUGUGACUGCAAACUUACUUGUGUGCAGUGCCAUGCCUUUCAUGGGUACCUAUUUCCUGAGAGGUUUUCAAUGGGAGUAUCGAUCAACACAAUGCAGGGUGGUGAAUUUUUUGGGAACGCUAUCCAUGCACGUAAGCAUGUUUGUCAGCCUCUUAAUUUUAAGUUGGAUUGCCAUAAGCCGCUAUGCCACCUUAAUGAAAAAGGACUCUACGCAAGAGACCACUUCGUGCUACGAGAAAAUAUUUUAUGGCCAUUUACUGAAAAAAUUCCGCCAGCCCAACUUCGCUAAAAAACUAUGUGUUUACAUAUGGGGAGUUGUACUAGGCAUAAUUAUUCCAGUUAUCAUAUACUACUCAGCCGUAGAGGCUGCGGAAGGAGAAGAGAUCCUGUGCUACAACCGGAAGAUGGAACUAGGGGCCAUGAUUUCUCAGGUUGCAGGCCUCAUCGGAACCACGUUUAUCGGAUUUUCAUUUUUAGUCGUGCUAACAUCAUACUACUCUUUUGUCAGCCAUCUGAGAAAAAUAAGGACCUGUACAUCCAUUUUGGAGAAAGAUUUAACUUACACUUCUGUGAGAAGGCAUCUUCUGGUCAUCCAGAUUCUCUUGAUAGUUUGUUUCCUCCCAUAUAGCAUUUUUAAGCCCAUUUUUUAUGUUCUACACCAAACAGAUAACUGUAAACAACUGAAUUAUUUGAUAGAAAUAAAAAACAUCCUCACCUGUCUUGCAUCAGCCAGAAGUAGCACAGACCCCAUUAUAUUUCUUUUUUUGGAUAAAACGUUCAAGAAGACAAUAUAUAAUCUCUUUUCAAAAUCUGAUUCAACACGUAUGCAACCCUGUGGUUGACUUCUGAAUGGAAAACACCACCAAAGAGAAAAGUGUUCAUACGACUCUAUUGGGAACACGAAACUGCAUGAUCAACAGGUCAUCACUUGGCUGGUAACAGGCACCGAGAAAACCUCUUUGGUUUAAUUUAUACUGAAGGUUGAGAUGACAGAGACUUUCAGAGGCCAAAGUAAGCAUAUUGAAAGGAUCCUACUGCAAAUGAAAUCAACAGGCCAUUUUCUACUUAAACUCAACUGUGGAUGCUUCUGUUCAUAACACAGCAUUUCAUGACUGUGUUAUGCAUUUCAAGAUGCAAACGGUGUACGACUUUUCUGCUUUCUAGUAGCUUGAAUACAAGGGCCCCUCUAUGGAUAGUGUUUCACUGGUAACUUUAAAAAUGAGUAAAAGAAAAAAGUGAGUAUGAAAUUUCUUCACUUAAGUCCUAUCUAAAUGUAUGAAUGAUAUAGUGUAAGAAUCCAAGGUAUUAAAACACGUUAUUUAUUUGGUAUCAUCUGGCUCACGUUACAAGAAGCAGUAUUCGUUGAUUUUAGUAUUUAUUAAGAAGUUGUUAUUUAUAAAUACGCUUAAAUAUUUGGAUUAGGCUUUGUUAAAAUAAAAAGGGAAUACAACAUCAUUAUAUGUCAAUCUCCAUCACAUUUUUUGUAUUUCCUCUGCAUUUAAUAGAAAUAAUGUUGUUAUUAAUGACAAACAGUCCUGGCACGUAGAUAUGUUCAAUUAAUUUGUGAAAUGAAUGAAUGAGUGAUAAGGCAGUGUAACAGCAUCACUGUUGAGAGACUGGUGUCUGGAGUCCCUGGGUUCAUUCUUAGCCCCAUUUCUUAUUUAGCUGGACAGCUGUAGGCAACCUACCCGCUUUAAGUAUUGAUUUCUUCCUUUGUAGAAUAGAAAAAUACUACACAAUUCAUAGGUACUAUUAUUAAAUCAGAUGAUGUUACCAUUAAUGAGUAGCUACCUUUACUAACCACUUGCUAUGUGCCAGGCAUUCUUCUUAUAUGCUUUACAUUUAUUAUUUUAAUUAUCACAACCCUAAAGUAUGUCAAUUUGCUAAUGAAAAACUAAAGUGCACAGUUAAGUAAGUUGCCCAAAUUUUCUCCAAUGUCUAAGUAAAUAUUUAAAGACUAAGCAUUUCUUAACGGUCAUUUCUUUCUUCCAUGUAAUCUUGUCAGCAAGUCAAAUGAUGGUGACUAUAUUCUGUAUUAUAUAUGUUAUAAUAAUUAUUUUUAAAAAAUCUAUGUUUUAUCUUCCCAAAGAGAUCAUAAGCACCUUUGGAGCUGUAGUGUGUUUUCUAUUUCUACUCCCAUGGUACUUGCAUUCUCUGUUCAGAUAAGAACCAAACAAAAAGUUGAAUAAAAAUGAAGUUGAAUAUACA